AUGCAACCCAAAAGCAAUUCUUUAGUACUGGUGUUCUUCCUUCUGUUGUUAGAAACAUCUCUUCUCAACAACGUAGAAUCCAAGUGUCUCCAAGGUUGUCCUUUAGCUUUAGCAUCCUACUACGCUUAUAAGAACAAUCUAGGUAACAUAACCAAGUUUCUGAGAUCAGAUCUUGUGUCAGAUUUUGGAGUUGUUUCCAGCUACAACGAAGGAAAAGUAUCCAACAAUGGAAUGUACGUUCAAUCCUUAACGAGAAUCAACAUUCCUUUCCCCUGUGAUUGUAUCAAUAAUGGGGAUUUUCUGGGUCAUGUGUUCGAGUACACAAUAGCAGAAGGAGAUACUUACGAUUCCAUUGCGACACAAACAUAUUCUUCGUUGACCACAGUGGAUUUACUGAGAAGAUUCAAUAGUUAUAAGGAUCCAAAUCAGCUUCCUCUCAAUGGGAAGCUUAAUGUCACAGUGAAUUGUUCUUGUGGGGACAGACAGAUUUCUAAGGAUUAUGGAUUGUUUCUUACUUAUCCACUUAGAUUUGGAGAUAGCUUGGAAUCCAUUGUGGACCAGACUGGUAUUGAUGCAACGUUGCUUCAGAAAUACAAUCUUCGUGUGAAUUUCAGCCAGGAGAGUGGAGUGGUUUUUAUUCCAGGAAGAGAUCAGAAUGGAAAUUACGUGCCCCUGGACCCUAGGUCAAGAGGUCUAAGUGAGGUUGCCAUUGCUGGAAUUUGUGUUGGAGCAACAUUUGUGUUUCUAUUAUUAUCAGCUUAUGUAUUUGUUAAACACUUCCGAAGAAAGACCGCCAAAGUUGCAUUGAUCACAGAAAAUUCUACAGAUCUUUCAUCAAAUCAAGACGGUAUGAUCAUUACAUCUACCAAUUACGAAACUUCAGGAUCUAGUGGAUCUGCUAGUGCCACUGGUCUUAGAGGCAUCAUGGUUGGGAAGUCCAUGGAGUUCUCAUAUCAAGAAAUAGCCAAAGCUACCAAUAACUUCAGCUCUGAUAACAAGAUUGGUCAAGGAGGUUUCGGAGCAGUAUAUUAUGCCGAGCUGAGAGGCGAGAAAACUGCAAUCAAGAAGAUGGAUAUAGAAGCAUCACAAGAGUUUCUUGCUGAGUUGAAGGUUUUAACGCAUGUUCAUCAUUUGAAUCUGGUGCGGUUGAUCGGAUAUUGCGUGGAGGGAUCGCUUUUCCUUGUUUAUGAAUACAUUAACAAUGGAAACUUAAGCCAGCAUUUACGUUCCUCAGAGUUAGAUGCAUUGCCAUGGUGUACAAGGGUGCAAAUAGCUCUGGAUUCAGCAAGAGGUCUUGAAUAUAUUCAUGAACACACAGUGCCUGUAUAUAUUCAUCGUGACGUUAAGUCUUUGAACAUAUUAAUUGACGAAAGCUUCCAUGCUAAGGUGGCAGAUUUUGGGUUAAGCAAACUCAUUGAAGUUGGAAAUGCCUCGCUUAACACACGUCUUGUGGGAACAUUUGGAUAUAUGUCUCCAGAGUAA